CCUGCUCGUUUCCUGUAAUCGCACAGUGUUGUGAGACGGAGAAAGCCAUGUGUGUCGAUGCAAAGCUGUUUACCUAAAAUUAGGGAAAAAUUGUCGACGACUAUUCGCUUCCAUCUCGGAGUCUUCUAAUCACUGUGCCCGUCUCCCGGUGUGGAGUGGGCAAGAUGGCAGAUCCCAUCAUGGACCUCUUUGAGGACACGCCCCUGUUUAACCUGGAUGCCCUACCGGACGACUCGUUUUCUCAGGGCUCCACAGACCCUGUGGAGGAGGCCCUCAAGAUGGCGUUGGGCCAGGUGGAACCGUCGGCUGAGCCCAAUCCUGAGCUCACGCUCAGUGCAGGCCUCAGCGAUCCUGUAGCAGCUCCCGCCCUCCCUGACCCUGUUCACGUCCUUGCACAGCAGUCAGUGCCCGGGAUAACUGCUCAGACUGUUUCCAUAGCUGUGGCUCCUACCGUGGCCCCUGCUGAUACUGUACCUCCGAUCCAAACUCAGACCAACAUAACCAUUGCCAACACCAGCAUGGCGUCCGGUAGUACUGUCCUUCUGAGCUCUCCUAUGACUGUUUCCAGCUCUCCGACCACAACUACUACCACAACACAGCAGCUCACACAGAUAACACACCAUCUCACUCCCCAGCAGUUAGCUGCCAUCACACAGCAGGCCGGUGGUAAAAUUGUUAUUCUCAAAGGACCGCAGGGUCAAGCCCAGGUCCUGCAGACUGUAUCAGGAGCCUCGGGCCAGACCGGUGGUAAGGUUAUUCGUGUGUUGUCUGGAACUCCUCUCAAACCUGGCAUGUCCAUACUGCAGGGGGGAACGGUCUUGAAUCAGGCAAGCCCAGGACAAGCUCAAGUCAAGGUGGGUGCUGGGGUGCAGAGGUUGCUACAGUUGCCCCAGUUGCCCAACGGGCCAGUGAAACAUUUGCUGCUCACUUCCAUGCCCCAGCAGGUGCAGCAGACGCAAGGCCAGCAGCUUCAACUGCAGAUCCCAGCCCAAGCACAGAUGGCUCAAGGCCAGACUCAAGUCCAAGUUCAGCCACAGGCACAGGCCUCUCAGAUCCAGGUGCAGCUCCAGCAAGCCUUGCAGGCCCAAACGCAGGGAGGUGAACCAAAACGAAUCACCUUGGUUCUCCAGCAGCCCUCCCAGGGUGGCACUGGAACUUUGACAGCCCAGCAGGGUGGGCAACAGCAGCAGACGAGAUUAGUUUUGAAUCAGCUACCUGGAGGCAAACUGGUACUCCAGGGAAGCCAGCUAGCUGCACUGACCCAGGCGCGAGCUGGAGGUCAGGCUGGAGGGCCCAAAGUCCUCACUAUUCAGCUGCAGGUGCAGCAGCAGCCCAACCAACAAGGAGGAAUUAAGUAUCAGCUGGUUUCAGGAGCAGGAAAUACUGGUAGUCCACAGGUGUUGCAGAUCUCACAGGGCCAAGGAGGUCAAAGAGUUGCAGUGCCACUCAAAAUGCUUCUGCAGCCACAGACAAGCUCAGCAUCCUCGGGAGGCGGCACAGUCUCUGUGAUGAAGGUCAUCAACACCUCGGCUGCAGGUCCCUCCACUACCACCACCACUCAAUCCCAGGCCAUUCGUAUCACCAAGACAUCCGGCGAGCCUGCUGGAGUCCGGCGAGUAGAAAUCCUAUGUAAGCAGGAGAAGGCAAACCGCAUUGUGGCCGAAGCUAUAGCACGGGCCAAAGCACGCGGCGAGAAGAACCUGCCUAGAGUCCUGAACCAGGACGAGCUCCCAUCAACCCAGACCUCUCCUGAGAUUGGGGGCACUGUUACUGUGGUGACUUCUAAAAAAAAGAGCAGCGGAGGGAGCAAGAAGAAAAGUCCUGUCGCUGGAGGAGCAACACACAAAACUGUAGGUGGAGGUGACAAAAAGAGCAAAGUGAAGACACCAGGAACAGCUGGAGUGGCUGGAGGCACAGUGAUCCCUGGGACUGGCAACAAGAGUAAAAGCAAGACUAAGACAAACACUAUAACUCUAGUGGGAGCAAAGAAAAGAAAAAGAAACGCUUCCUCAGAUCAUUCUGAUGGGGAGUUGAGUCCUGCCUCACCUACUACACUGGAUGAUGACUUGAUUACGAGGCGCUCCAAUCGCGUGGUGAAGAGGAAGAAGUACACAGAAGACCUGGAUAUCAAGAUAACAGACGACGAGGAUGAGCAGGAAGAUGUAGACGUUACGACACCUGCAGCAGCUGUGGCCUCUAACAGUGGCAACACUGCAGCACAGCUGAAACAGGAAAUGGAGCUGGAUGGUGAUGGACAGCCAAGCAUGCAGUUCUUUGUGGAAAACCCAAGUGAAGAAGAUGCUGCUAUUGUCGACAAAAUCUUGUCCAUCAGAUUAACCAAAAAAGAAGUGUGUCAAGGCCAGUACACAACUGUGGAGGAAUUCUUUGUAAAAUACAAAAACUAUUCAUACUUACACUGUGAGUGGGCCAGUUUGGAGCAACUAGAGAAAGAUAAGAGGAUCCAUCAAAAGCUCAAGAGGUUCAAGACAAAACAUGCAAAUAUGAGGCACAUCUUCCAGGAGGAGGAGGAGCCUUUUAACCCUGACUACAUGGAGGCGGACAGGAUCCUGGAUGUGUCUCAUAGUGUGGACAAGGACAACGGCGAGCCUGUUAUCUACUAUCUGGUGAAGUGGUGCUCACUGCCUUAUGAAGACGCCACUUGGGAGCUGAAGGAAGAUGUGGACGAAGGCAAGGUGGAAGAGUUCGGCAAAAUCCAAAACCGACAACCUCGCCUGAAGAAAACGACACGACCUCAAGCUGGUACAUGGAAGAAGCUAGAAGAAACCACAGAGUACAAGAAUGGUAACGUACUGAGAGAGUAUCAACUGGAAGGAGUGAACUGGCUGGUCUUCAACUGGUACAACAGACAGAACUCUAUCCUGGCAGAUGAGAUGGGUCUGGGGAAAACUAUCCAGUCUAUUGCAGUGCUCUCAGAGAUGUAUGCUGCUGGAAUCCAAGGCCCCUUCCUUGUGAUUGCUCCACUCUCCACUAUCACCAACUGGGAGAGGGAGUUCACCACGUGGACGGAUAUGAACGCCAUAGUCUACCACGGCAGCCUGGCUAGCCGACAGAUGAUCCAGCAGUAUGAGAUGUACUGCAAGGAUGACAAGGACCAUUUGAUUCCAGGUGCGUAUAAGUUUGAUGCCCUCAUCACAACCUUUGAGAUGGUGUUGUCUGACUGUCCCGAGCUGAGGGAAAUCUCCUGGCGCUGUGUCAUCAUCGACGAGGCUCAUCGCCUCAAGAAUCGCAACUGUAAGCUGUUGGACAGCUUGAAGAUGCUGGAUCUGGAACACAAAGUGUUGUUGACUGGCACUCCUCUCCAGAAUACUGUGGAGGAACUUUUUAGUCUGUUGCAUUUCUUGGAGCCUACUCAGUUCCCCUCUGAGACAGAAUUCCUCAGGGACUUUGGAGACUUGAAAACGGAAGAACAGGUUCAGAAGCUGCAGGCCAUCUUGAAACCCAUGAUGUUAAGAAGGCUGAAGGAAGAUGUUGAGAAGAAUUUGGCACCCAAACAGGAGACUAUUAUAGAGGUUGAGUUGACGGACGUCCAGAAGAAAUACUACAGAGCCAUCUUAGAGCGGAACUUCAGUUUCCUCAGUUUAGGGGCAACCAGUAACCACAACGUCCCCAACCUGCUCAACACUAUGAUGGAGCUGCGCAAGUGCUGCAACCACCCCUACCUCAUCAAUGGCGCAGAGGAGAAGAUCGUAAGAGAGUUGCGGGAGGUGUAUAACCCAAUGGCUCCCGACUUCCAUCUGCAGGCCCUGAUUCGGUCGGCCGGUAAGCUGGUGCUUCUGGACAAGCUGCUGCCUCGCCUCAAGGCCGGGGGCCACAAAGUGCUCAUCUUCUCCCAGAUGGUGCGCUGCUUAGACAUUCUGGAAGACUACCUCAUCAACAAGAGAUACCUUUAUGAGCGAAUUGAUGGCAGAGUGCGUGGGAACAUGCGACAAGCUGCCAUUGACCGCUUCAGUAAGCCUGAAUCCGACCGCUUCGUUUUCCUGCUGUGUACCCGUGCUGGAGGCCUGGGUAUCAACCUGACUGCUGCGGACACCUGUGUCAUAUUUGACUCUGACUGGAACCCUCAAAAUGACCUGCAGGCCCAAGCACGAUGUCAUCGUAUUGGCCAGUCUAAGGCGGUUAAGAUUUACCGUCUGAUAACCAGGAACUCCUAUGAGAGGGAGAUGCUGGAUAAAGCAAGUCUGAAGCUUGGGCUGGACCGUGCCGUCCUGCAGAGCAUGAGUGGCAACAAAGAAGGCAGUGUCAACGGGAUCCAGCAGUUCUCUAAAAAGGAGAUAGAGGACCUCCUGAGAAAAGGAGCGUACGCUGCCAUCAUGGAUGAGAAUGAUGAGGGAAGUCGCUUUUGUGAAGAGGACAUAGACCAGAUCCUUCAGCGACGAGCCACCACCAUCACCAUCGAGAGUGAGGGCAAGGGCUCAACAUUCUCCAAGGCCAGCUUUGUGGCCUCCGAGAACCGCAACGACAUUUCCCUCGAUGACCCUGAAUUCUGGCAGAAGUGGGCAAAGAAAGCAGACCUCGACAUGGAUUCCAUUAACCGGAAGAACACCCUUGUGAUUGACACUCCCAGAGUACGCAAGCAGACGCGGCAGUUUUCCACUUUACGAGGCGAGGGUGGUGACCUGUCUGACGCGGAAAGUGAUGAUGAGUAUACUGCCGCUAAUUCCAGACAUUCUCGUUCCUCCCGACGCUCCGACCGCCACACCGGAACUGGAUACGGCCGCACUGACUGUUUCCGGGUGGAGAAGCACCUUCUUAUCUAUGGCUGGGGCCGUUGGAAGGACAUCCUGUCUCAUGCCAGAUGUAAGCGGCGUUUGAGUGAACGUGAUGUCGAGACGAUAUGCCGUGUCAUCCUGGUCUUCUGUCUGCUUCACUACCGUGGAGAUGAGAACAUCAAGAGUUUCAUCUGGGAGCUGAUCACACCGCCGGAAAACGGGCGUGAACCCACAACACUACUCAACCACUCUGGCCUGUCUAUCCCUGUCCCUAGAGGCAGGAAGGGUAAGAGGGUAAAGACCCAGAGCACAUUUGAUAUUCAGAAAGUGGAGUGGAUCCGCAAGUUCAACCCUGACACCCUGCUGCUGGAUGAGAGCUACCGUAAACACCUCAAGCACCAGUGCAACAAGGUGCUGCUGAGGGUGCGUAUGCUCUACUACUUGAAACAGGAAGUGAUAGGUGAACAUGCCGAGUCUGUCCUGACAGGGGCUGACAUCCGGGUUGUUGAUAUCUGGAUGCCUGAGAUGGAGCAGCAGGAGGUACCGGCAGGAUGGUGGGACACUGAGGCAGAUCGCUCACUGCUUUCUGGUGUAUUUAAACAUGGUUAUGAAAUGUACACUACCAUGCGUGCUGAUCCCUGCCUCACCUUCCUGGAGCGAGCCGGUCGGCCCGAUGACAGGGCCAUUGAUGCCGAGCAGCAUACUGGUGACACGGAGCUGGGAGACGAUGCCGAGUAUGAUAAAUACUCAGAGGACCCGGAGUUCAAACCUGCGUCAAGGCACAAAGAUAUGUUCGAUGAGUCUGACCCUAUGAACGCGGACGAUGAGAUUUCUGUGGAAGACAAGGUGGUGCCAGUGGUCCCAGAAAGCUUCCUGAGUCUGAGUCCCAACUGGCCGUCAAGCUCGUCACUUACAGCAAGGUUGCGCCGGCUCAUCACAGCUUUCCAACGCAGCUACAGACAGGAGCAGCUGAAGAUUGAAGCGGUGGCAAAGGGCGACCGCAGACGCAGGAGGUGUGAACAGGCCAGCAAGCUGAAGGAGAUUGCGCGGCAGGAACGUCAGCAGAGGUGGACACGUAGAGAGGAGUGUGACUUCUACCGCGUGGUAUCAACGUUUGGUGUGGAAAAGGUGAAAAGGGAGCCGGACCUUCCUGAGGCCGGACAACCUGAAUUUGCGUGGACACGCUUCCGUACCUUUGCUCGUCUGGAUAAAAAAACUGACGAGAGCCUUAGUCGAUACUUCCGCUCUUUUGUUGCCAUGUGCCGGAGAGUUUGCCACCUCCGCCCAGCCCAUGGUGAAGAUCCAUCAGAGAUUUCACAGACUGUCGCUCCCAUCACUGAGGAGCGUGCUUCCCGUACCCUAUACCGUAUCAGCCUCCUGCGCCGCAUCCGUGAGCGAGUCCUGCCCCACCCCUCCCUGGAGGAGCGUCUGCAUCUGGCCCCGUCCAGCUCGGAGCUGCCCAAUUGGUGGAAUAUACCAGAUCACGAUCGUCAGCUGAUGCUGGGUGCAAUUUUGCACGGCGUCAGCCGCACCGAGCUCUCCAUCUUCUCUGACCCAGACUUCACCUUCUGUCAGUCAAGGGAUGAGUUCAUCCAAAACCAGCAGGCCCCGCAGCCUCCACCCCCACCUUCAUCCCAAGCACUGCCCAACAUGCCGCUCAUCCAGCACAAGACUGAGGAGGACCUGCAUGGCGUGAAGGAAGAGGGAGCUGAUGAGGACGCCCGGUUGCUCGGCGCAGAAAUCAGCGCUGCCCUGCAGAGCACACCUUUGAGUCACCAUGAUGGAAAAGUGCGAGGGGAGGGCUGGAGCUUCAAGAAGAGCAAAGCGAGGGGAAGUAGAUCAGAAAGGAAGGGAGAGGGAGGAUCCGAUUCAGAUUCUGAUUCAGAUUCAGGCUCAUCGUCCUCUGAGCGAUCAGGCAGCAGUGACGACAGCGGAGAGAGUGAGGAAGAGGGGGAAAGAGCAGGCAAGGUACGUGACGGAGAUGAAGAUAAUAGUUUACUCUCCAUGACUCUAUCCCAAGACGGCCCUCCACCCCCUGAUCCGCUCAGAGUUGACUGGCCCAAGGACCGUGUGUUGAUCAAUCGGCUGGACAAUUUGUGUACGCUGGUGCUGACCGGUCAGUGGCCCUCAGGGCGCAGAUAUGUGCCUGAGGCUCAGCUCAACCUGAGCUCAGAGCUGGGGGGAGAUGAGAUGGGCUAUACAAGGGUGAUCCGUAAACCCAGCAGCAUGCCUGGUGAACCAGGAGCAGAGGGAGAAGAUGGAGAGUUCACUGUCAAACUCCUAAAGGAGGAGGGGUUGAAGCUGACCUUCUCUAAGCAUUCCCUGAUGCCCAACGGAGCAGGGGGAGAGAGCAGCAGCCGCAAGAGGCGCAAGGACCAAGAGUUUUCCGACCCAGACGGACUCCUCGACCCACUGGAGCGGACUCCUCGACGGAGGGACCCUCCCACCUGGCUGAAGGAGAACCCAGAAUAUGAGGUGGAAGGAGACAUGAUGGAGCUUCUGGUGAACAGGAGCAAGAGGAAGAGGAGGAGAAGGGCAGAUAAAGCCCUGACAGGCAGUGAGAAGAUCAAACUCAUUAACAUGAGAUCUGGAAAGAAGGUUGGUGCUGCUUUCUGCCCGAUGCUGCAAGAUCUGAGGGAAUAUCUAGAAGAGAAUCCUGAUAUUGCUGUAGCACCUGAGUGGUCGGAAACUGUCCGGAAGUCUGGCUUCCUGCCUGAGACCUUCUUCCACCGGCUGCUGACGGAGCACUCGGAUAUCCCCAAGAAAAGCCGACGCCGCCAUCAUCAUCAUCACCACCACCACCACCAUCACCACACUCCAGAGCCUGUUCCGGAAGACCCCCACCUGGAAGUUGAAGAGGAGACUCUGGUCUCGGACGGAGCCUACAUGAUGGAUGAGGGGGACCUGGAGACCUCCCAUCACUUCCUCACCAGUGCGGACUUUGACGUUAAAAUGGUGGGGGGCGACAGCAUUUCCCAAGGCGACUACGACAGCUCGGAUCAAGAGGCGUUAUUAGACGAUGUCAUCAUAGCACAGAAGGACUCUGACUCCUCAUCAAGCUCAGAGGAUUGACUGAACCCCGCUCCUCAAAUACAUCUGACUUAGUCCCCUUCUCACCAUUGAAUCAUGUUAUUCCUCAUCAUUUAUUUUUACCACAUUAUGUAUCAAACUUUGGAUGACUGUUUUUUUUUGUUGCUACUUUUAUUCAUUUAUUUUAUAUAGGGAUGUUUUUCCAUGAAAGGAACAGGUUUGCACUCAUCUGUUUUCUUUUUUAUCACUGAGAAUUGUGUUCCACCUUUCUUUGACCCUCCUCAACAUCCUCUGCCAAAAUGGCAAUAAGCUGAGCUUUCAUACUUCCCAACUUGUCAUUCUCCUCCUCUUCCUCAAAACCCAUGAUUUCUCCAUCACAUUCCCAGUCGUGACCAAAAGGGGAUCCCUGCUGUACAGACAACCCUUUUCUUAUCUAAGAACCUCAAUGCCGGUCCUCUAGCGCUACAUGAUACUGGACAUGUGUACUGAGCAGAGCCUGGAUACAGAUCCUAAAACCCCGCCCCUCCCCUGUCUCAUCUGGUCAUAUCCUCUGCGUCCAGACGAGGCUGUAAACUAAAAGGGGAUCCAGUGUGUGGAUGUACUGUUAUUGUUUUCACUCUGGGAGGGGUGAGGGUUAAGAGGCGCAAUAGGGGGGCAUUAGUUACUGAAGCAGUGCUAGGAAGAUGGGUGUAAUGGACAAUGUAGAGCUGGUCAAUUGUGUACAAUGGUGCAAAUAUGAUGGCAAUGAGUUACUAUUCUUGUUUUAUGAUCUGACUGUAUCUGUGAUAUGAAUAACAGCAAUCUAAAGUGAAA